UUAACAUUGUUAUCACGUUGGUUUGAUAAAGGCCAGUGGCCGAAAGCUCACCGUUUUUUAAAAUAUAUUAUUCGGCUUUUUACAUUUUUGAUGUCGAGGAAAAGGUCAACUUUUUUAUUUAUCUAAUUAUAUUCAAUAUGUUCCUCGCUCGAGCACUUAGUAAUAUUACCAAUUUAAAAGUUCACCUUUAAAUGUAAAAUCAUAUUCCUUCGACCUGCUACGACGACAAGGAGCAUGAUUUUGAGCGAAAUAAAUCCCAGAAGUUGCAAAUAUCAUCCAAUUGAAGGAACGUUUCCGGCAAAAACGUCUACUUUGAUGUGUGUUUUUUUUUCGGCCAUUUAAAGGCGCCCACGGACCCUAACCGUGUUCUAAAAUCAAAUGUUGUUACUUGUUAGCAAAUAAGCUUUCAAAGAUUUACCGAAUGAGUUUUCUCGAGGCGCCAUAGCACUAUUAAAUAAUGCGAGUACCUAAUUCGUAAAAAAACGAAACCGGGAAAAUAUCAUUUUGGAUGAUCAAUGGUAACCUGAACAUUGACAGUGUCCUAAAAUGAACAAGAGCUCUAAACAUGGGGAACGAACACGGAAAAGAGAUCGACCACGACGACCACGAUGGCGAAUACGCCCACUUCAGCCGCAUCACGCGGCGCGAGGUGCGCUUCCACGUGCGCGCCUCGUGCACGGCCUCCGUGGCGCUCACCUCGGCCGACCACGUGACCGACGAUCUGUACGAGGUGCACUUUGGCUCGGACGGCAACACGCGCUGUAUAAUCAGCCGAAACGGUGACGAGGUGGCGUCGUGCGACACGCCCGACAUUCUGGACGGCGACGAGCCGCGCGGCUUCUGGAUCCGCUGGAAGCCGCGCCACGGCCGCCUGCUGGUGGGCCGCGACGGCGAGCGGCUGCCGUUCAUGAUGCACAUGGAGGAGCCGCUGCUGCCCAUCUCGCACUACGCCAUCCGAGUGGAGGCCGGCGGCAGCGGCAGCUGGCGCUUCCCGGACGAGGACGAGUUCAGCACGUCCUCCUCCUCCUCCUCGAGCGAUGAUGAGGACGAGGAGAUGCGUGCCGAGACCAAGGCUAACUCAGAGCCACGGUUCCGUAACCCGGCGCGCUGGAAGUGGGCCCGUGACGGCCAUGUUCCCGGCCACGGUGUCGUCUCCGGCGAGGGAAACGAGGGCAUCGAGUACGUGGGCCGCGCCUACCACGAGGGCGCCCUCUGCAUCGGGCGUAUUGUGCACGACCACAAGACCUGCUACAUUCCCUACUAUGGCGAGGAGGUGGCCGUUGACACCUACCAGGCUCUGGUGAAGACUAACGAGCGUCUGGAGUGGGUGGAUGCCAGCAACGGAGAGGUGCCGCGAGGCGCUCUCCAGGGCGGCCACAAUAGCGAUGGCCACCCCCUGUUCGUGGCACGCGCCGAGCACGACGGCAACUGGUGCUGCGGCCACCUGAACCCCGGCCUGGACUCUGUCUACAUUCCGUACGGCGGCGAGGAGCAUCAGCACCAUCAGUACCAGGUGCUCUGCGCCACCACCAUCAACCUGCGCUGAACACCGCGCUCUGAGCUCGUCACGUGAGCCGGCGCGGCCGACGUGAUGUCACGGCCCAGACAGCGGUGACGUCACGGCCACGAAGGAGUGCUACUGUCGGACAGGUUCCGUGCCGACCUCUCACUGUAUUUACGUCAAGCCGAACGGGGCGAAUACAUGACCGGACAUAACAUGAUGGCGGUGAAUCAGUGACGGUUCUAAUAAAGGUGACGUAAUAAAACUGUUAAUCGACAAAGGAGAAAUACAAAUAUACAUGAAAUAACGGGUGCAUGCAAUAACAUGUA